AUUUUUUUAUUUUUUUAUUUUUUUUACCCUUUUACCCGUUUUCCUUAUAUUUGCCCUAGUUCUAGAAAAAUUCAAACACUGAUCGUUCUCUCUCUCUCUCUCUCUCUCGCUCGCUCUUUCACUCACCAUUGUCGUCUGAGAUAUCCGGCGAGCGUGCUCUGGAUGAGAGAAGUCAUCGGAGGGCAGCACUUGAAGCAUCUCUUCAUGAGGUUUUAUUUCAGAUAAUAAAAUUUGUGAAUGGGAAAAAAGAUCACAUUCCACCCAUACCGAAUCUUGAAGGUGUCUCCUUUCCCUAUGAAAUUACUGUCUCAAGUUGUCCGAAACUUCAGUGAAGGAGGCAGUGAUAGUGAAGAAUAGCUUGCAAGAGUUUAAAUUCAGCAAAAAUGAUGACCAGAACGGUGGAUCUCCGCUCCGACACAGUGACCAAACCAAGUCAAGCAAUGAGAGCAGCAAUGGCAAAUGCUGUAGUUGAUGAUGAUGUACUAGGUUGUGACCCAACGGCCUUUUGCCUUGAAACAGAGUUGGCAACAAUCACAGGCAAGGAAGCAGCCCUUUUUGUCCCUUCGGGGACUAUGGGUAACCUAAUCAGUGUGCUUGUUCAUUGUGAGGUUAGGGGUAGUGAAGUCAUUCUUGGAGACAAUUCUCAUAUCCAUAUCUAUGAGAAUGGAGGCAUUUCCACAAUUGGAGGUGUACAUCCAAGGACAGUGAAGAAUAACAGAGAUGGGACAAUGGAUAUUGAUCUCAUUGAAGCUGCCAUUAGAGACCCUAAAUUGGAAAUUUGUUACCCAACUACUAGGCUUAUCUGCUUGGAAACCACGCAUGCAAACUGUGGUGGUAAAUGCCUUCCUGUAGAGUAUAUAGACAAAGUUGGGGAGCUAACAAAGAAGCAUGGGCUGAAACUUCACAUCGAUGGUGCCCGUAUAUUUAAUGCAUCAGUUGCACUUGGCAUUCCCGUUCAUAGGCUUGUGCAGGCUGCUGAUUCAGUUUCGGUAUGUCUAUCAAAAGGAUUGGGCGCUCCAGCUGGAACUGUCAUUGUUGGUUCAAAAGAUUUUAUUACUAGGGCAAAGAUUCUAAGGAAGACCUUAGGUGGUGGGAUGAGACAAGUUGGAGUCCUUUGCGCUGCUGCUUUAGUUGCAGUGCAAGAGAAUGUUGGAAAGCUCGAGAGUGAUCACAACAAUGCUAAGUUUUUAGCACAAGGACUGAAUAGAAUUGAAGGACUAAAAGUGGAUGUCAAUUCAGUGGAGACCAACAUAUUAUAUUUUGAUAUUUUAGAGGGCACAAAUAUUACAGCCCUAAAACUCUGCAAGAAUUUGGAAGAACAUGGCAUACUUGUGAUGCCAGAGAGCUCAUUCAGAAUUAGACUUGUCCUUCACUACCAAAUUUCAGAAAGUGAUGUGCAAUACACCUUGUCGUGCAUUCAGCAAGCUGUAACUGGAGUCCCGGAUGAAAAUGGAGGCAAGUGAGAUGAAUAUGAAGAAUAACCAUCAUGUCAUUUCCUUCUGUAGUAAAGAUGUUCAGGCUUCAAUGACAUUAUAAAUCUUCCCAUCAUCUCAGAAGUUUUUGUAACAUGUCAUGUGUGAUUCUGCAUCCAACUUUAAAAACUGUGUUGUUUUUCCUGUUUGCCAAAUGUUCAUGUAAAAUAUCAUGGCUUUUAGUUUUAUCAUAUGUUCAAAACUCAAUAAAGUGGAGAUUUGAGUAA